GCUACGGCGCGUUCGGAGCCCCAACUAGCGUCGCCCGCGGUGGGGACUCUGACAAGGCGGGCGAAGGAGAGCGAGGCGGACGGAGGUUGCUUGGACCCGGUCUUCAUCUGGACAGAAGUGAAGAAGUUAACUCUUGAAUCGCUUUUCUUUUUCUGGCGGAAGGAAAGGUAAAAUGGCCUCGAUGCUGCUGAGCCGACACUUGGCCUCUUCAUUGCAGCAGAACUCUAGGAUAUUUGCCGCAGGGCACCGGGGCAUCGGUCAAGCAGCGGCAAAGAUUGAUGUGGAGUUUGACUACGAUGGGCCUCUUAUGAAGACCGAAGUCCCUGGUCCCAGAUCUCAGGAGCUAAUGAAACAGUUGAAUGGAAUUCAGAAUGCUGAAGCCGUGCACUUUUUCUGCAAUUACGAGGAAAGCCGGGGGAAUUACCUCGUCGAUGUCGAUGGCAACCGGAUGUUAGACCUCUACUCUCAGAUUUCUUCCAUCCCAAUAGGUUACAACCAUCCGGCUCUGCUGAAACUCCUCCAGCAACCCCAGAAUUUGAGCACCUUCGUGAACAGGCCGGCUUUGGGGAUUUUGCCUCCGGAAAACUUUGCUGACAGGCUAAAGGAAUCAUUGCUCUCGGUGGCUCCCAAGGGUCUGUCUCAGGUGAUCACCAUGUCCUGUGGGUCUUGCUCCAACGAAAAUGCCUUCAAAACCAUCUUCAUGUGGUACAGAAGCAAAGAAAGGGGCCAUAACAAUGUGACCAAGGAAGAGCUGGAAACUUGCAUGAUCAACCAGCCUCCCGGUUGCCCCGAGUACAGCAUGCUUUCCUUUAUGGGCGGAUUCCAUGGAAGGACCAUGGGCUGCUUAGCCGCCACACACUCCAAAGCCAUCCAUAAACUGGACAUCCCAUCCUUCGACUGGCCCAUCGCUCCCUUUCCGAGGCUGAAGUACCCACUGGAGGAGUUUGGGAAGGAAAAUGAACAGGAGGAGGCCCGCUGUUUGGAAGAGGUGGAAGACCUAAUUGUGAAAUACCGGAAAAAGAAGAAAGUGGUGGCCGGCAUCAUUGUGGAGCCCAUUCAGUCGGAAGGUGGGGACAACCAUGCUUCGGAUGACUUCUUCCGGAAAUUGAGGAAUAUCGCCAGAAAGCAUGGAUGCGGUUUCCUGGUGGACGAGGUGCAGACGGGAGGCGGGUGCACAGGCAAGUUCUGGGCCCAUGAGCAUUGGGGCCUUGAUGACCCCGCAGACGUGCUAUCCUUCAGCAAGAAGAUGAUGACCGGAGGGUUUUUCCACAAGGAGGAAUUCCGCGCUAACGCUCCCUAUCGGAUUUUCAACACGUGGCUCGGGGACCCCUCCAAGAACCUGCUCCUUGCAGAAGUCAUUAAUGUCAUCAAAAGGGAAGACUUGCUGAACAACGCAACUCAUGCGGGCAAGGUCCUGCUUGCUGGGCUGUUGGAUUUACAGAGUCGCUACCCGCACCUGAUCAGCCGGGCACGAGGACGAGGGACAUUCUGUUCGUUCGAUACUCCAAAUGAUGCCAUUAGGAACAAGCUCAUUGCAAUAGCCAGAAACAAAGGUGUGGUGCUGGGAGGCAGCGGUGACCGAUCCAUCCGUUUCCGGCCCACCCUAGUCUUCCGCGACCAUCACGCCCACCUCUUCCUCAACAUCUUCAGCGACAUUUUGGCCGACUUCAAGUAGCCAAGCCUUACUUUGCACUGAGAGAGAAAGAAAAACAAACAACAAGCAAACAAAACCCAAAUCCUAUAAGAGUCUGAGAAUAGUUUAUUUAAAAUCAUAAAUAUAUAUAUUAUAUAUAUAUUUUCACUAAUAGAAGAAAAAAACUGAAUCCAUGAAGUCUUUUUUUUUUUUUACAUUUAUUUUUCAAUGCUUAUCACCAAGUCUUCGGCCAAAAUUUCGGGAUGCUUUCGGAAUUUCUUGCAAGGAUUCUGAAUACCCGAUUUGGAAACUCUAGGGACGAAUUCUGUGGCUGUUCAUCUCCUCCAAGCUGAUGCAUGCCAUAUUUCGAUGCGGGUGUUUCACUCCAAUCUCGAAUGCACCCAAAACCUUUCCGUGUCAAGUUUCUAGUCCUUAAGAUUGUAGCAACGCUUCAGAAAUUGUGCACAAACUGCCACUGACCUGGGACCCUUGUGUAGUCGCGAAUGCACACAGAGCAGCUCUUUUCCUACAUUUGUGUGCAUACAUACACAGCCCACAGCAACCAUAAUUUUGCAUUUAAGCAACUGUUUCUCCCUUGAGUUCUCCUGUUGACGUAUCUGCAUCAGAAACAUUAAAUUUAUUUUUUUUAAAGUUUUUGGAGCCACUGUGAGGGAGGCUCUGUAUAGGCUGAGUUCAUUCCUAUACCCAAGAUUAGAAACUGUAGGGCUCAGGAAAACAGGGAUUCGGUCACAUUUUCAUAAUCUCAAGGGUCUCAUGUCCCCACUGAACCGAUCCAAGGCAGAUGGGAGUUGUAGUCCAAAACGACUAGAAUCACGAGAAGUGGGCAGAAAUGGGAGAGUUACAUGUUCCUCAAAGCGCUGUGGACAGCCUUGGGCACAUCCCAUUCUGAGGGAUGGAACGGUCAACUCAUUAAGUUGUUUAUGAGCAUCACAAAUACUAUUUUUCAAGCCAGUUGUUUGGGGAAUUGAAAGAAGAAGCCCUGCCAUGGAGGUGCCACCUUCCAGCAUGAAAGGUAUCACUUAGUAAAAUGUCAACAACAAGUUCCACAAAGUUUUUUGGACAAAGGUUCCUAGAAACUCCCAGCAAGAGAUCACUUUUCUACUCUCUAGAUUACUGUAUUUUUGUGACUGCUAUUGCUGCUUCUGCAGACCUGGCCCAACUCUCGUUUUGUGCCAGAGCAAAGAAGGUCUAAAUCCUGAUAAUUUUCAAAGCAGCUGCAGCAGCCAAGCUUGUGGUUUUUUGACAUUUUUCUUCCCAGCCAGGUUGCAUCUGCUAAGCAGAAGGUAUUUGUGACUUUGCAGAAGUGAAAGCUGUUUCAAGGGAUCUUCCAUUCAGUUCUGUCCCUCAGUUAAAUUGCUUUCCUAGCAGAGACGAAGCUUGCAGCUCGCAAAGCAGACAGGACCAAAAGUAGCAUUUUGUUCUCUUCUAUAUUGUGCCUUUUAUUCCCCACCCAACUCCUUGCAGGCUGAAGUGGAAAGCAGACAAAACAUCUUUCCCCAAAAACCUCUUUUAGGGAUAUAGAUAUGAAAAGAGCCUCACAUUUUUGAUGCUGUGUGUCUUCCAAGGCAUUUCUGGUCCAUGGCAACCCCAUCAUUGAGUUUUCUGGGGCUGAGAGUGUGUGACCUGUCCAAGGCCACCCAUUGGGAUUUCAUGACUGAGCAGAGAUUUAUCCUGGUCUCCACAGUCUAACUCAAACUGCUAUACCAGCUUGUAGAAAUUUACUUUUUAGACUGCAACCAUUUCAGAUAUCCAUGCUGGCUAGGGCAUUCUGGGGAGUCAUAGUCCAAAAAGGACAUUUUACCAGGCUUUGCAACAGAACCAGGCAUGCAGAAGGAAGUACAGUGUUCCCUCGCUUCUUUGUUGUUUGUUUUUAACGGACUCYCUAUUUCGCAAGUUUUUGAAAAUAUUAAUAAAAAAUAUUAAAUCUUAAAUAUUUACGUCCAAGGGAGGCCAGGGACCCAGAAGUGCGGCGGCCUGAGGCACAGCGGGGAAAGCCUGCCUCCCUGGCCUGCUGCUGUCUGUGUGGCUCCGGAGGUGCUGCAGAGGCCAGGGAGGCAGGCAGGUGACCUUGGGAUGGACCAGGAGGUGGGUAAGGAAGCGCGGGUAAGAAAAUAAUAUAUAAAAUAUAUAAAGUAAUAUAUAAAUAUUAAAAUUAAUAUGGUGUCCCUACUUCGCGUAUUUUCACUUAUCARGGGUGGUCCUAGAACGGAACCCCCACAAUAAGUGAGGGAACACUGUACUUCAAUUCAUUAACUCAACAAACCAAGUAUUCCUCCUCCUUUUCCUUCUAUUCUAUACCUCAUUUGCUACAAUCRGGAAUGUCCAAAUGUCUGUCAUCCAAGCUGAGCUAGGCGUGUGUGUGUGUGUAUGAAACGUACUCAAAAGUUCUAGAUUUCUCAAGUCAGCCACUGCUCUAGUGACCAAGCCUUCUCUAUCAGUACUUCCAUAACACUCUCCAAGAAGCAGUUUAGAAAAACGUACUUUUCCAAAAUGUUUUGAAGCUCUGCUCAUAGGAGACAAGGGAUUUCUUGCCUGCUUGGUUCUUUCCAGAAAGAAUCUCUUGUAUGAGCCAAUAGGGUGUAGUCAUUUGAGCAUCUGACUAUGAAUUUGGAAAACAGGUUUUGAAUAACAACUUGAAACCCACUAGUUGACUAUGGGUCUCUCAGCCUCAGAAGAAAGACAGACAAUGCUAAGAAAACCUUGCAGUAGGGUUGCCAUAAUAAGUUGAAAAUGACUCGAAGAUACACAACAGUCUCCUUUGCAUUGAAGGCUUGCCUUUGAUUUCUUCUUUUGGGAAAGAAUCCAGAAUUUAUUGCUGAUGGGCAGAGAGUAGGGAUUUAGUUCAACAUAUCAGUGUAGCAUCUCUUGCAAGCCUCGUAUUUUUGUCCUAUUCCCCAAACUUGUUACUUUGGACCACAUUCUUGUUUUACUGAUUAUAAACUCUUCUUCAGCACAUCCCAGGGUUUCAAAGCCGAUUUCUAUGGAGCCCUCUUUUAACUGUGAACUUGUAUGCACCACCUAACAACAGUCAGACCAAGGUAGAUGCUCUUAAUCUACAGUGUACGCUGACCUAUUUAAAAAAGUAAUAACUUGUUUACAGCCUCUUUGUCAACUGUGCCAAAUCCAUGCGUAAACCAGUUCCGUAACUGCACUUCUAGACGUUAACCAGUAGCCAUGAAAUGCAUUUCCUGUGUUAAUCAGUAUUCUUAAAAAUAAAAUAUUUAUAAUGGAA